GCAAUUGCCUUAGGCGCUACGAGUGGCUUUACCCCUCGCAGGCUUGACGCUCUGGGGAUACCAAGCGCUCGCCCGGCUGUGCCACCUAUUCCCUUCCGCACCAGCCGCACGCGCCGUACCGCCCUCCGCCAAACCCCAUCGAACCUUCUUUGCCCUGGUCUGCCUGAGCAAUGAGGAGCGUGGCCUCUAAUGCCUCGCUCGCAGAAUCAACCAAGUCGAAGAAGGAGAGGACAGGCGUCUUCUCCAAUCUGCUGCGAUCUGCUAGAAAGUCCACGGAGAGCCUCAGGAGCCACAGGAGUUUCAAUGCCUUGGCGGACGGCAGUAGAGGCAACAGAAGAGGUUGGAUAGCCGAUCAAGAGCUAGACCCGCCUCCGCCUUUGCCACCUAAACGACAGUCAAGAGAAGCGACUGCAGCUGCAGCCUCUCGCUCUGCCCUGUCACUAGCAUCUACCCAGCCCGAUCACGCCGCUCCAGCUCUUACGAAUAUACCCAAGAACGACCCUGCAGUAAAGGCCAACGGACAGGCAGCCCCGCUAGCUGCCGACGACAUCGCAGAAGACUCGCUACCACCUCUCCUCUCCGAAAUGAAUCCAUCACAGCGAGUGGCCUCACGAACAGGUUCCGUCGCCUCUCACUCCUCACGAUCGCGAGCACAGACGCCCAUCAAUGGUGGCCACUACCGCAGAGACGACAUCGACGAAGAUAGGGCAAAGACGCCCACAGGACGUACCACACCUACCCAGAAGACUCACAACAGUGCCUUUGCUGGUGUUCCCGCUGUUCCCACAAAGGAGGGCGAUGGUAAUACUGUUGCCCAGCUCUACAUCGUUGCUGGUUUACCCAAGGACCCUGCCGUCUGGACGCUUGCUGAGGAGGACUGCGUAACGGGCGUACACCACAUGGAAGGAGCCGUUGGCCGCUUUUGGCGUCCAGAGAUCCUAGGCUGCUCCAUCUGUCCCUCACCUGCAGAGCUCAAGGCCAAGCGCAAAGGCGAGACGGGCGCGACCGAUGCCGAUGCAGAGAGAAAGUGGGAAGGCAGGACAGCCGAUAGCUCCAAGACGACGAGCAAUCCGAAGUUCAUCGAGAUGUCGGAUGGCCGAGGCAGGGUGGAGAGGGUUGAAACAGCAAAGGUCUUGUCCAAGGCGUUGAAGCUCUCCUUCACAAGAGAAGUUGAGAUUGUUUCUGGGCAAAGCAGCUACCCACCAGCAGCCUCUUCGCACACCUUCUCCUUUUCCGUACCUGCUCAAUUGUCGGUAGGCGGCAGGGCAGCGUACCCUCAGACGCCUGUGAAGAGUACUUUCACCGACACUGGCAAACGCAAUAGUACCUUAUCCAUUGCCGGCGAGGGCUCUGGCAGCAGCAACGGAGCGACCCAGCAGAACCCCGGCUUCGAAGACAGCUUCUCUCCUGUGGCCUUCUAUGGUGUCGUCCUGACUGUCUGGUCCCCUGCCGACGAGAAGAGAACGAAAGCUAUCAAGCGAGAGCUCAAUCGUGCUGCUAGAGCUCGGAAGGGCAAGAAGGGCUCCGCUGCACGAGAAAAGGAGGAGGACGAAGAUGGCUUCUUGCCCGCCAACAAUGCCUUCUUUAUGCCGUAUGCAAUUUGUAUCGUCUCCAAGUGGCCUCUGUACGACUUGCUUAGCGACUGGAACAAGUGGGCCUGGAACAAGUACAGUCGCAACAUCCAGAAGCAUAAUCAGCUCAUGAGCGCCAUCCUAGCCACGCCCGCGCCUCGGAUCGGUACAAAGCUGACAGUGGAUAGUCCAGAUGGAGAUGUCGCUUUCUCCUGUACUUUUCCAGGAGCUCUUGAAUGGGGUACUGGCCAGAUUGCUGUCAAUCUGACCAUGUGGCCUCUCUUCAAGACGCUCUCCAUCGACAACAUUCUCACAAUCUGUGAGGUCGCCUUGGCGCCCAACGGGAGGGUGCUUUUCAUGUCAAGAUACCCGGCCCUUCUCGGUCUCGCCGUGGAGACCAUCACACACUUGGUCGAGAUGUGUGGCUGGAAGGGCACAGCUCUGCAGAGCUGCCAUGCUCGAGACGUCAAGAUAUACCUUGAAGACCCGGGGAAUUGGAUUGUGGCAAUCGCUAGCGAGCUCCGGAGCAUCGUGAAGCCUGCCAAGGAGGUGUGCGUUGUUGACUUGGACAUCAACUUUGUCAAGCUCACUCAUCCUCCCAAAGGCGCUCCCUCGGUGCGGGGACUGCGAGAGAAGCGGAGACGUAAGCUCGUCCAGGCUCUUGGCUACUCCACGGGUGACUAUAUGCCUCCGAGGGAGUACGUCGAGGCCUACCCGGCUGGACGCUUCAGACCGCUAUCGAAGAUGAUCACAAGGUCCCCGACAGAUGAUCAGCUAGAGGCGCCUGCAUGGUGGGAUCAAGCAAAGGUUGUCGCAGGCUUCGACAAGGCUCUGCACGAUGGCACUCGCCCUUCGCCCUUGGCCCGCCUCUUGCGUAUGAGAGCAGCCAAGAACCACACCACCUCUGAGGCAGAGCUUGCUGCCCUGGCCGCUCUAAGGAAUCGUGCCGACACGUUCGUCGAUGCUCGUGAUGGGCUGGAGAACAAGAUUGGCAGACUCAAUAAGCGUCUGGCUUUUCUCAUGAGCGAGAGCGAGAUGUGGAAAGUCCAAUUCGCCAAGAUCUCUCAACUCGUGGAGAGACUCACGAAGGAGGCGAAUGAGACGAGGGCGAAGCUGGAGAAGGAGAGGAGGGAAUCCAGACGUCUGAGCUCUACCUUGGCGCAGAGGGAUAUGGAGCGUCUGCAGCUCGAGAUCCAAUUGAAAGAGACGGAAGAUGCUCGAGCGCAAGCUCAGGCUGAGCUGUCCACCAUGCAACGAGCCAUGGACUCCCUAGAACACGAAAGGGAGGCGAUGAUGAAUGAGAUUCGAGGGAUCGUGUCGGGUGCAGGUGGAGAUGAGGAUAUCGCCUUCAACACCUCUCGCAUGGAGCUGUACAACGAGUCUGUUGGCCACGCUUCCGGCAUCUCCUCUCCGACAUCUCAUGCCUCGAUGACUCCUUCGCAAGCUGCCGAGAGGAUUCUCAAGGCUCGCAAGGCUGCAGAGGAUCGUAUCAACGAGGGUCGACCCAGCGUGGGACGUAGUCGCGCCCCUACUGCCUCCAUUGCCCAUUCAGACGCUGAUCGAGACAAGGCUUCCGCUUCACCCCUCCCUUCGAUGCUGGGCGGGAAUCACUCCAACGAGGACCAGAUGAAUUACGAGAUUCAGCGAAGAACCAUGACCGUGACGAAUCAGAUUGCUCGCAUCCAAGCGCAGCUGGAGAAUACCCUCUCGUCGCUGGAAGACAGGAAGUCAGUCAGCCAGCAUCACCAUCGUAGCAGGUCUGGCUCCGGUCGUGCGCGUAGAGAUUCAGACCUCUCGAUGGAGAGUGGGGCACGCUAUGAGCAUCGUGCUCCCUCCUCUCUGGGCGGAGGACAUAUCAUGAGCGAUGCUGAUGCAAGUCAGACCAGCGCAGCAGCAGCGGCAGACGAUACGGGUACCGAGCUGGAUUCAGCAGCUCACGAUGGAGGGUACAGCUCGACGGCUAGUGCGAGCGCGGCAGGCGCAGCAGCCGAUGCGCGGAGGAGGGAGAGGAGAGAGGCAAGAAGACAGAGAGGGGCUGCCGCCGCUGCUGCAACUGGCAAUGGCACCGGAGGUGGCGGCGGGAGCGGGACGGCCUCUCCUACCCUCUCCCCAGAUACCUCUUUGCGACGGCGCGUCACGGCCAAUGCUGGCCCCCCAUCGUCCUAUUGCGGGCCCAUCCCUUCGGGAUUGGGCACCGGCUCGGUCCCGAUGGGCAAAACGGCUAGUGCUCCUACGACCUCAGGCGCACACGCAGGCGUGACUUCCUCGUCUGCUAGGGAGAAUUGGCAACCCCAUCAGCAAUUGCAGGAGAGGGAGAGACACAACGCCUGGAAAACAUCUAGUGCAGCAUCUGAGACGCACCACGCACAGCCGCAGUCCCCUAGCGGACCUGUCUCGCCGCGCCCUGCUGAGGUUGUCGGUAGUGCGUCGCCCACAAAGGGCGAUACUGCUGCUGUUGUUGCUACUACUAAGGCGGACGGGGAAGCGCUGGUGCCCUCGGGAUCGGCUCCAGCUGAGGCAUUGCUGGAGGGUAGCGGCAGCAAUGGCGUCAAUGAGCAGCACGCAGCAGCAGCUGGCGUCGUGGAAGUCUUUGAGAAUGGUCCCGUAGAGGGUGCUGUAUCUCAAGGAGCGCAGGGAGGGCCAGCUUCCAGCACUUGAGCCUCGAGGGCGAGUGCGAUGGCGAUGGCGAUGGGCUGGCCAUUGAAGCAAGACGGUCUGCUCUUGGGUGUUGAGUGUGCCCGCUCUUAAUCUUAUUAGCUACCUUGCCUGAUCCUCUCCCUACGCUCUGCAUGCGUGCGAUCGAAGUGCCUGUCAUCA